CAGGCACAGAGGUACUGGGCAGACUUAAUAAGUUCGUUUUAAAGAAGAUGACAUUGAAUACAUUGUAAGAACAUUGACUCGCAUGAGUGGAUACCUUCUUCGGUUUGGUGGUGUUAUGGACAGAGGGAUAGUGGGACUUUCUCGUGUGGGAGCUGGUCUAACGCUGGUUGCGAAGGAACGGCGAUAUGAUAGUGGGAUGUUUGUACAAAUACACCUAGCCUCUGAUAUAGGCUGUAAAUGAACAGACAUAUGUAUUUGUGCAUAUAUAUAUAUGUCUGAAUUUCAUCCGUAGUUUAUAUAAAGUAUAAUAUGACUUUAUAAGGUGCUAAUAAUAUCAUAUCUGCAACUUGGAUAUACCCAAUCUGUUGCCACAAGCGUAUUUGUCGGGGAGAGACAGGAACCACAUUGUCAAGUUACCAUGACAGGACUCCGUUAUACAGCGUGAUAUUAUCCUAGGCCAUCCUUCAUUAUCCAGUAUGGGAUGUGGCGGUUCAAAAGACACAGAUGAGUCCGCAAAUAAAAAUAGAACGACGGGAACCAACCAGCCUGCGGAGGACAACGUGUCUGUAGGCGAAUACCAAAACGAGGAGACCAGUGACGUAAAUCACAAUACUGAUGACGUCACGUCAACACGGAAGCGGUCGGUAAAUAGUACCAGUAACAGCAACAGGGGAAGUAACAAGACUUCCGGUGCGGGCAGGGGCAGACAAUCUAACAACACUAACAAGAGUAACGGUAAACGUCAGGCCCCGCCGAAGCGUAACAAAGUUGACCGGCAACCAGUCAGCGAGAAAGGCUACAAGAAACGCAUCCGAGAUCAGCUAUGGCUUGCCACAGACAAAAAAGACGAGCAGGAGCUUGAUCACGCCAUCUGUGCAUUCGAGAAGAACAAACUUGAGGACAAUGGUGACUUAACGGACGCCAAAGAGAAACUUUCCUACCUCAUGCUCAGGAAAGAAAUUCGGGACGCGAUGCUGCGGCGACAUCCCGGAGUACUGGACAAGGCCAUACAAAAUGUUGAGGAGUCUCCGUACCAGUUCAAUUUUCAACACUACUUGGACCGGGCCCGUGAACUAAGACAACACCUGACAGAGUUGGACACCUACAGACACGACAUCCUCGAGAUGGACCAGUCCACCAUUUCAGAGAUUCGUUCUUACCAUCACCCGCCAGAUGGCGUUCACGAAACAAUGACGUCCACCUACCUAAUCUUAGGCUACAAGGAGUGCGAACUAACGGAGUGGUCAGAUAUCCAGUGCCUGCUGGGUCGUUACGGCAAAGAGAGUCUGAUGCGAGAGGUUCAAAAUGCGGACACGGUCAACAUGACGGAUCAGACGGCAUCCCGGGUCGAUGAACUUCAGUCCAAAUUUACGUCAGACAAGAUCCGUGCCGUCAGUUGUGGCGCGGCCACCUUCUAUGUCUGGAACAACAAUAUGUGUGAUAAAUUCUCCAAAGACAACGCUGAUGGUAAACAGUCAAAAGCUUCAAAUGAGGCACCGGCUACUCCGGCCAGUACGAAAGGACGGAAGAAAAACAAAGGCUAGCUUUGGAUACAUCAGAUGACGUCGACUUCCGUUUUCGAUCCAGGCGAAAUUUACAACUGUGCCAUUCCAAGGCUGACAAUUCUUAUCUUUUAGAUAUUUGUCAUAGAAUCAGUCAUAUAGAGCAUGUCCUCACUGUAAAGGAAAAUCGACGUGCUAAGUUUCCUUCAGCUUGCCAAAUUACAGAUAUUUUCUAGGUUCUUUUCGGAAAUGUAUGGUCGAGAAACGCUGAUUGGAGGACUUCAAACACAUGUGAUAAAGAAAUCUGUGAUACAAAUAAUGCUUUGUUUUACCUACUAGGUAUUUCCAUUUAUCAUUUUUCAUACAAAAUAUUUAUUGCAUCAAUGCUGCAAAAUCCAGCAUUUUUUUAAAAAUUACAUGUAUCAGUAUAUUGACAUUGUAUUUAUUUUAUUGCACAUUUCCAUGUAGAAUUAAACCUAGUCAGCUGGUACUGUGUCUCCUUUCAAGGUGAAAACUGGUAUGUUUUAAUGUGCACUUGUAUUCAUAUAGGUAUUAUCUCUAUAAAUACAUAUGGGGAAGCCAAACUUAUUACUGUACUAGCAUCGCUGCUUAACACAAGAAUGUACUCGUUUUUAGCUCACCUGGUCCAAAGGGCCAAGUGAGCUUUUGGCACGGUGCGGCGUCCGUCGUCCGUCCGUCCG